AUGGUCGUUUUCCCAAAAUCGCUGUCUCCGAAACACGUCCUCAAGCUCUUGAAAUCGGAGAAGAAUCUGCGUACUGCGUUUGAUCUAUUCGAUUCGGCCACUCGCCAUCCAGGCUAUGCACACUCCGCCGUCGUCUUCCAUCAUAUCCUCCGACGACUCGCGGAGGCGCGGAUGGUUAGCCAUGUGGGUCGGGUCGUAGAGAUUAUUCGGUCACAAGAAUGCAAAUGCGACGAAGAUGUCGUUUUGUCGGUAAUCAAAAGCUACGGAAACAACUCCAUGCCCGAUCGAGCGCUGGAUGUAUUUCAGCGAAUGAGAGAGAUUUUCGGGUGCGAGCCUGGUAUUAGGUCGUAUAAUACUCUACUCAAUGCGUUCGCCGAGGCGAAACAAUGGGAUAAAGUCGAGUCUUUGUUAGCUUACUUCGAAACAGCAGGUUUGGCGCCAAAUCUGCAGACGUAUAAUGUUUUGAUUAAGAUGUCAGGUAAGAAGAAGCAGUUCGAGAAAGCGAAAGGGUUUCUUGAUUUGAUGUGGAAAGAGGGUUUGAAGCCGGAUGUGCGUAGUUACAGCACUGUGAUCAACGAUCUUGCGAAAGCUGGAAACUUGGUUGAUGCAUUGGAACUGUUCGAUGAAAUGUCUGAGAGAGGAGUGGCACCUGAUGUUACUUGCUAUAAUAUAUUAAUUGAUGGGUCUCUUAAGAAAAGAGAUGACAACAAGGCUAUGGAACUGUGGGAGAAACUGUUGGAGGACUCGUCUGUUUAUCCGAAUGUUAAAACUCACAACAUCAUGAUUAGUGGUUUGAGCAAAUGCGGAAGAAUUGAUGAUUGCUUGAAGAUAUGGGAGAGAAUGAAACAGAAUGAACGAGAAAAAGAUUUAUUUACAUAUAGCAGUUUGAUACAUGGGCUGUGCGGGGUGGGGAAUGUUGAUCAGGCCGAAAAUGUGUUUAAAGAGUUGGUCGAAAGUAAGGCCUUCAUCGAUGUGGUUACAUACAAUACUAUGCUUGGUGGGUUUUGCCGCUGUGGGAAAAUCAAGGAGAGUUUGGAGUUAUGGAGAAUCAUGGAGAAGAAGAGUUCAGUUAACAUAGUGAGUUAUAACAUUUUGAUAAAAGGGUUGUUGAAGUAUGGAAAGAUCGAUGAAGCGACAAUGAUUUGGAGGCUUAUGCCUGCAAAGGGCUACGCAGCUGACAAGAAAACUUAUGGUAUUUUAAUUCAUGGGUUGUGUGUGAAUGGUUAUGUAAAUAAAGCCUUGGGGAUAAUGAAGGAGGUCGAGAGCAGAGGCGAGCAUCUGGAUGUUUAUGCAUAUACAUCAAUUAUAGACUGUUUGUGCAAAGAGAGAAGACUAGAAGAAGCAUCAAAUUUGGUAAAAAUGAUCAGUAAGCAUGGCGUGCAGCUGACUUCUCAUGUCUGCAAUGCAUUAAUGGGUGGUUUAAUCCGAGACUCCAGACUUGGUGAUGCUUCUUUUUUGCUGAGAGAGAUGGGGAGAAAUGGCUGUUCCCCGACUGUUGUAUCUUACAACAUUCUUAUUCACGGUUUGUGUGAAGCAGGAAAGUUCGGUGAAGCAUCAGCUGUUGUGAAGGAAAUGCUUGAAAAUGGGUGGAAACCAGAUCUGAAAACUUAUAGUUCACUGUUGAAGGGUCUUUGUCAGGACAGAAAGAUCGAAUUAGCCCUUGCCUUGUGGCACCAAUUUCUUCAGUCGGGUCAAAAACCCGAUGUGACCAUGCAUAACAUUCUAAUUCACGGCCUGUGCUCUGUUGGGAAACUUGAUGAUGCAAUGAAUGUGGUGGCGAAUAUGGAGAAUUGGAAUUGCGUUGCAAAUCUCGUAACCUACAACACCUUGAUGAAAGGAUUCUUCAAAGUUGGAGACAGCAAUAGAGCGACAGUGAUUUGGGGUUACAUGUACAAGAAGGGGUUGCAGCCUGAUAUAAUAUCCUACAAUAUCCUACUGAAUGGGUUGUGUAUGUGCCACAAAGUGUCGUAUGCUAUCGAAUUUUUCAAUGAUGCUAGAAACCAUGGCAUUUUUCCAUCUGUUGUCACCUGGAACAUACUAGUUCGAGCUGUCAUGAAUUGCUAA